ACUUACACAGACUAUCUGUUUACGCUUAUAUAUCAGCACUUAUUAUCUGGAAUAUCUAUCUAUACUUAUGCACCUGUUUUGCUUAAACACACAAUAUUAAUGCAGAAGUUUGAGGAGCAGAAAAAAUGUGUCAGUAAGAGUACCUUGGCUGAGAUGUCAAUAGUCAGGCAAAACCACCUUCCAAAGGAUUGUAUUCAAAAGACACAAAGUAAACCAGCAAAACACACCAAGGAAACCAAAUCAAAGACAGACAAGAUUAGCAGAAGCAACAGGAAAUCUCACAUUCAUGAGCUCACAUCCCAAAACAAGAAACUGGAAGAGAACCUUUUACUGACUAUCAGAAACCAACAGCCAUUGGGUGUAGCAGUGGAAUCCCAGGUCAUACACAAAAAACAAAUUGAGAACCCUUUCCAGGGUCUGUUGAAGAACUUUCAUGCAAAAGGGUACAAAGUUGGUAUUAACAGUCAGCUGAAGUCCAGGAUGCAAAAGCAAGAAGGGGCUUUACAAAGGCCACGGUCCUUGGACCCCUCAAAAACCUUUGACUACAAAACUGAACAGCUGGCUACUGAAACACAGGCUGACAAAGCAAAGCAACACGAACUACUCCGUGCUGAGAGGUCUUCCCUCCAACCAGAGAAAGACAGUGUAAGUGAAAACGUUAGUUAUCCACAAGGCAAUACUUUGCAAAUAGAUAAUAAAAGCAAAUUAUUUCUGGAGAGUAAUAUUGCUGAAGAAAACAUCUACAGAAGAACAGCCAAAACAAUUCCUGGGGAUAUUAAAAAAUCCCCUCGCUCCCACACUGAAGAUAAUGGUGUGUCUGAAGAAGACGCAAAAUGUCCAUUACAUCUGAAAGAUGAGGAUUGCAGGUGCAAAGCUGACACCGUGUGUGAGUUACUAGAUCAAACAGCAAAUGAAUUUCAAAAUGUCCGUCUUUCAAACGCUACAGGCAACGUUAACCUGAUUUUAAAAAGUGGUGUGAAAUGCGGACAAAAGAUCGACAAAAAUAGUGAACUAAUAUUUAAACAUGACUGUGCCAGCCAUCUGGGAUCAAUGAAGCCAGAAAGUGAAGGAUUUACUGAUAACUGCUAUCUUCUGCACCAGAAAGCACAUGAUGGUGACACCUGUAGCUCACUACAUCUGGAUGAUAACUUUGAAGGCAAUUAACAAUAUCACCUGCUACGUGACCAUGCUUUUUCAGAUACAAGAGGCUGGAGUAAAGCUGUGCAAAAGCUGGAGACAGCUACAUCUCUAAAAAACUACAGGUUUAAUACUUAUGCUGCACAGUACAGCACAACUGUAAGUAAACAUGACUCUGUAGAGCAUGAAUAUAAGGAAAGUGCUAGUUUUGCAGAAUCAAUAGAUGGCUUCGAAGAACAAGCAAAAUCAGAUUUCACAGAAGAAAGCUGUUUGUGCGGUCAGGUUCCUCUGAUAAGUCACAGAGAGGAAGAAGGAACUGGCCUUACUGAACGUGCUGUAGAAGACUUCUGCCGCGCUGAUGAGGCUGACUCAGAUGCUGACGUUCCGCAGAACCUCACCCGCGAGGUGGGGGAAGCAGUGGCGCGCUGUGCUUUGGGCUCACUGACCAGGGAAACGAGAGAGCCUGUGGGGGAAAAAGAUCCGGUUUUGAAGAAUGCAUGCACUGUGAUACCAGGACAGAAGCGCUCGGAAGGGACAGAAAACCACAGCAUCGCGGGAGACAGUGGAAUUGACUCCCCCAGGUGGACUGAAAAGAAAAUGAAGCAUCCUGCCAAAUUCUGAAAGCAUAAAUACUAAUGCAAAGAGGAGGACAAAGUGGAAGGACAAUCACAACAAAAUUCUUAGCUUCAGCUAACUCUGGUCAUGAAUAUUUGAUUACUUUUUACAUGAACUUUGUAAACUUUCCAUUUGUAACAAUGUAAACAUACUGUAAAUACGAUCACUCCACAUGUGAGGCUGUCUCUAAAUCCAAGCUGUUAGCUAAAAACCUUUGACCACAGUAUUUGGA